AUGACUGAUUCCGACUCAUCUAAUUCUGAUGAUGAAAUGGUGUUGGAUGUAUUAUUUUAUUUACCCAGACCAAGAUUCUUUCGGGAUAGGUCAAACCCAUUGGAGGAUUUCGACGAUUUUGAUUUUAAAAGUAGGUUUAGACUAUCAAAGGAAACUUUUGUAUUUUUAUUACAUUUAAUUGGAAACGAUUUGCGACGUUCUACAAAUAGAAGCUUCGCCAUUUCUCCAGAAAUACAAAUUUUGGUGACUUUAAGAUACUAUGUUACAGGUACCUUUCAAGCCGUUAUUGGAGAUCACGUACACUAG